GCGGGAUCAAUAAAUAUUCGACUGUCAGAUUGGAGCUGGUGUUGCUGUGUGCAGGUAAAGAGAAACACAAAUGAGGUAAUUUACAGUAUUUGUCCUACCUUACUAGGCUACGAAACGCGAUGGACAGACACUGUUCUGUUGAAGAGCAGCACGUUUAUGUCACAUGAACGAACAGUUGAACCCUCGAGCGGCAAAGUAAAAGCGUGCAACACCUUGGAAAGAAAAUAUCCCGUCAAACGUUUGGUCGGGGGCACACAUUUUACAAGGAACUUCGACAGCUGCGUGUUUUCAAACAAGCCAUCAACAAAGAAUGAAACCCUUCAAACGAGGCGGGCGCUGUCUUGAUCUUGGCAAAGCUCCCUUCCAACUAGAGAUAAGUAAUACACGUCUAGUCGGAUUCUUAUGGGUACCAAGUUUGGUAGCUAGCGUAUUUAAAAUUUUGCCCAUUCAUGCGCAAAUUUUCUAACUUGAUUUUAAGGUUAUAGUUAGUAGCUAACCACAUACUCUGUUAACCAUUGAAUUAAAAUCAAUUGCUCCAGGACUUAAAUUCCCUGGCCAAAGGUGAAAAUAGCCCCUUGCACGGCUGGAGAUGGUGACAUGCACACGAUCUCCUUUUGUGAGGACAGGAGCUGCCUUCAGGGGUCAGAUUUCACCCAGAGAAAGACAUUUACUGCAUUCUAUACCCUGGGAGAAACCAUUCUCCAUUUUGAGUUGGUCUUCCCCAGUGCCACAAAUAUAGCGAUUUUGAGGAAGGAAGACAAAUCUUGUUUUGUAUUUAUUUUCUUCCAAUUUGCUUAUCUCAUCACUUAAUUUAAUGAGGGAGUGUCUCAUUGCUUCAUCAUGCAUGCUUGUACAUUUGUUGUCAACUACUACACUUACCAAUCAAUCGGUGUAACCUGAUUUGUUUCAAUCGCAUUGCUGAAAUAAAUCAUAGAUCAUAUUGUAGGCAAAAUACUGAUCAACCACAGGCCUACACAACAAGUAGAUGGUUGUCAGUCUCUGAUUUGGAGGGAAAGCAAUACAUUCUAUAACAAGUUAAUGUCCAACCCUGGCCUAUGAGUACAAACACUAGCACAGACUCAACAGCCCCAUCUAAACCUCAUCUCCUUGUCCUCAGCUCUGGAAGAGGAGCGGAUGCGAGAGCAGGAGCUGUCAGCCAUGUCUGAGGGUGACCCCUUUGAGGAUGACAGCUCCACCCUCGACCUGUCUGGAGGGGGUGGGGGCUCGGGUAAGCGGCGUCGCCGUGGCAACCUGCCCAAGGAGGCGGUGCAGGUGCUGCGGAGCUGGCUGUACGAGCACCGCUUCAACGCCUACCCUUCAGAGCAGGAGAAACUCAGCUUGUCAGAUCAGACCAGCCUUUCUGUGCUGCAGAUAUGCAACUGGUUCAUCAAUGCCCGCCGCCGCCUCCUCCCUGACCUUCUCCGCAAGGAUGGCAAAGACCCCACCCAGUUCACCAUCUCCAGGCGGGCGGGGAAGGGUGAGGGCCGCCCAGCCACUGGAGGAUUUGGCGAGGGUAGUUCCCCUAAAAGCCCCACCUCAGUCCCCUCUCCGGCCCUGCCCCCUCUCAGGCCCUCUGUCAUCCGACCAGCCCCCACACUGGACCUCAGCCUCUUGGGAAAUACUGCCACUGCCAUCCUUUUGGGAGCUGGCUACCCCAGCCAAGAGGGCUACUGUGUCCAGGCCCUGAUGCAGCUGGACAUGCAGAGUCUCCUGAGGAGGGAGGCCGAGGAGAAUGGCUCCAAGGUUAUCAGCGCCAGCCCCACUGGCGGGCUAUUCAACACCCCGCCCCCCACACCUCCGGAGCUGUGCCCCAGCCAGGACUUCAGUGACCUGCGGUUGCUGGUGGAUGCAGCUCUCCAGAGGGCCGCCGAGCACGAGAGUCAGAGGCUGUUCCCAGAGUACCAGAGCAGGGCAACUACAGAAGCCACAGGUGGCUACAGCCACAGCAGCAGUGCUAUGGGUCCGACCACUCCACCGGCGCAAAGCCAAGCUACGUUUGACUCGCCCAGAGAGCAGAGUCCUACGAACAAGGCUGUGGUGUCCCCAGUUUCAGUCCUAAUUCAUGUCCCAGUCUGCUCUGCACCUAAACUCACCAUGGCCUCUGUACCGGUUCCAAAUGUGCCUCCCCACCUAGCCCAAAUGCCAGUCCUAGUGCCAGUUUCGACCCCUUUUCCAACCUUCGUCCCAGCACCAACUUUCUCCCUGGUCCCACCUUCAACUCCAAUCCCAACCAAACCCCUUCUCCCAGCCCCAAGCCCUGUUCAAACCUUUGCCGGUGCGCCAACUGUGUCCUGUGUCCCAACCUCAAUCCCAGCUCCAAGCUCUACCCAAGUCCCAACCCUAACCUCUGUCCCAACCCCGGCCCCACCGUUACCACCAGCCCUCACCCCAUUCCUGGGCCUAGCCUCCCUCCAGCCCUUGUCCUCCUCUAUCCCCAACAGCAGUGUCCAGAGGGCCCAGUCGGUGCCCAGCGUGUGGAGUGUGGUCCACAGCGACGUUACAGUCCGACAGCCUGCCACCGUGGUUCAGACUCCCAUGGCUGCCGUGUGGGGGCCACAGCACACCUUGCGCGCCGUUAGCGAAACAGUCAACUAGAGCCACGGCCACUCCCUUGUCUGUGUGUAUGAGGGAGCACCAUAUCCCUAUUCAGACUGCCCCUAACUAUGUUCUCUUCAUCCUCUGACACUGUAUGCUCUGCAGUUUGGAUAUGGCAGAACUCAUGCAUACGGUUCAUACAUCAGGCGCUGGGAAGGAUACGAGGGAUGGAAAGACAAUUGUUUUUAAAGACGGUGCUUUUUAAGCAUUUUUAUCAGGACUUUAAAAACUUUUAUCCAAUGGAGGCUGUUGCUGGGUGGAACCUUUCAACAUGGUUUUUCAAUCAACAUUUCAGAGUAUAGGUUAAAUGUUGCGACGGUUUACAUAAGAACGACGACACCAAGUUCUGUAAUGUAGUUUUUAACUCCCUUUUCCACUAUCUCAACUAUUUCCAAAAGGGGUCAAGGAGGACAUUUCCUUCCCCUGUGAUUUAAAAAAAAAAAAUGUAUAGUUUGAAGUUGCACCAGUAGAGCUAGGCUUAUCAGUAGCAAUACUGGACUUGGUUGAAUGUAUGAAGGUCACUUUUAUCUCGGGCUGUCUAGCCUGUCAAUCAUUCCCACCAAGGUUAAACAAGGGUGUACCUGGGGCUGAGACAGGUGUGUUUUCAAGCCCUGGUGCUGUGCUCCUCCAGUACAGUUUAUGCACUUUAGAUAUUUUCACCUUUUUUUAGUAUGUCCACAUCUUCACACAGUGCCGGAAGACAGGCGGAAGGGGAAAUUGAUUGUAUUGCAGUGUGCCUGACUGCACAGCUCCAAUGUCUGUCUCCUCUCUCCUUGCCUUAAAGCUACUGUAAACAAGUGGCCACCAUGGAUUCUACAUUUUAAGACACUAAAUCAGUUGCAAAGAAUAUGAACUUUUUUUUCUUUUUUAAAAUGUUCAUUUAAACCUAUUUCCAAAAUAGUAUCUUAGCAGGUAAACUGUUUUUGUGUGUAUACACACACAGAGGAAUGAUUUUAUUUUUGUUGGUCUGUUACUUUCUGCGCUAUCUUUAUGCAUCAUGUACAAUUUCCAGGGAUGUAUUGUUUUUAUUGUGGAUGUGAAGGAGGUGGAAUUCCUGUCUGUGUUUGAGAACGAUGGGGCGGGAGGUCACAUUGGUCCUGUUAUAGAAAUCAAUUUUGCGGCGAAGCUAAAGGCUUAGUUGUGUGACGCCGCCAGGCUGUCUCCUCAUUCUUAAGGGUAAUUUAACACUUGCUAUAAGUGCCCUAUUAUGCCAUAGUCUUUUAUGGAUGAAGCCUGUCACAAACAUUUCAAGCUUUUGGGCCUCUCCUGUUUGGAGAGGGAUUGACCCAAGUAGCGAAUCAUUGGCGGCUUAAGAUUCGGUCCUUGUAUUUCAAACCAAAAUAUGUCCUUAAUUGAAACGCCUGUAGUUGUUCGCUUGGAUGACAAUCUGGUCAGUGUUGUAUUGAAUUCAUUGAUUUUUUUUUUUUAAUGUUGAAUGUGUUUAAUGUUGUAAGUUAUUGAGAAGCAAACUGUCUUGACUUCCUUUCCCUCUCUCUUUUCCCUCUGUUUUAGCAAAGUAUAUACUCUCGUUAGAGUAUUUUACUAUUUCUUAUACGGUUGUAGUUUCCAUGAAACAAUCUCUCAUAAUACAUAUUAUGGCCAAAUCGACGCUGCACAAAGUUAGUUGGGCCCUACUACGUAAACAGUGCUGCUGCGAAGUAAUUUUUUUCUGUCAUAGGUCAGUUUAAAUGGGACUAACUUAGUCUUUAUAGCUGUUACCAGUGCCAUACAUUUAAUGACCCUGGUGGUGAUUUUUUUUUUACAGCUAGAUGCAUGAGGAGCUGAUAUGGAAUUCCGUGUUAUUAACAUAGAUUUGUGACUAGCACAAAUCCCCAUUCCUUCGCUACUCCUUGUUUUCUGCUCUUUCGUGAGGCUUAAUGUCAGCACCAUUUCCUGAAUUGUCUAGAAUGUCAGUGGGGAAGGGUAGACGUUAUAGAUCUUCUGCUAACGGAGAUAUGCUAAAAGAGUCAUCUCUUUUUCUCACGGUUUGGGUCGACUGUAGGGUUCAGUCAGACUUGAGUCUGAAUACUAAGCAAAGAUUGUUAACUGUUUUGAAUAUAGAUGCAGUACAAUAAAGCGGGUAUGUGGUUUAUUCAUUACUACAUUUCUACGUUACUACACGCCACUGACUACAUAUUACUCAUUGUGAUACUGGAAUCGGCUGAAUACUGAACAUUAUUUAGAAAGGCUAUUUUGGAUAUACAUAUCAGGUUUUGGAUGCAGAAUGAAACUUGAGUCAUAGAUGCCAAUGGGGAAAAAUGCAUGCAAAUAUGUCAAGGUGGGGGGGCAUGAACUGUCUCAAAUGUGUAGCAUCUCAAUACGACCAAAUGCAUCCUAAAUGUUUUUCCAUUUCACUGUGAAAUCAUGGGUGAUGUAUGGACAGUAUAACUGGCUAUCGUGCCUUAAACCUGGGAUUGAGGAAACAUGUCCCUUCUACAUAGAAACCUUUGAAUAGUCUGUGCAAUAUAUGCCUUGAACUUUAAAUGUUUUGUACCAGCAUUUUGGAGAAUAAAACUUUUUUUCAUACGCUGA